GAGCGUAAGUUUUUUUCACGCUAAACUCCUUUGGACGAGUGGUUCAAACUUCGAAGCCAAUGAGCAAUCACCCACAAACUACCCUUCCGCAUUAAAUACCCAACAUUAUUAUAAACGCACUGUCAGAACCUUCCUCAACGGACAGUCAUCUUUCUUUUCUUCCAUGUCUGCAUCAUCAUCGUCCACAGCAACAAUGAUAGAAACGGAACGGUUACAACCGCCGAUAGAUGCGCAUGACGAAGAGGACAGUCCUACUGAUACAACUAACCCAGCGUUUCCAGACGAAUCACCAACUCUUCCGCCAACUCCUGGAGAUAAUAAUGGCCCAGAAAAUUCAGACCCAACACCAGCACGGCCACUAUCACCUCAUAAUCAAAGCUCUGCCCAACAUGCUACACUCGUCUCCUUAACACGAACUUCCAACAGACCAGAUCUUCAUUUACAAUCAAUGACAGCCGUUUCUAAUAAUACCACUUCAUCUUAUAAUAACAAUUCUUCACAUUAUUUUCAAGUAACCUCUCCUCAAACCAAUGCAUUCACACCCACUGGUCCUUCGUCUCCUGGUCGAGCAUCGAAUCGAAUUGUAGCUACGCAGCCAAUAGCUAACCAACGUCCUAUUGACGGUCAAUCUGCGAUAAUAACGCGGCGACACAACAGUCAUGGUCAUCGAGGAGAGGGUAGAAGAAAUCAUCAAGAACCUAACAUACCCACAGCGCCUCCGGUCCCUCAUGCGCCAGCUCCAUCUAUGUAUUGGUCAAAGGUUAAGACCUUCGGCAAGGCGCCCAAGACGCUCAGAGCACAUACCGUAAAUCUAGUAGGAGAGUCAAUGUACGUGUUUGGAGGAUGUGAUGCACGGACUUGCUUUAAUACGGUAUACGUAUUUGACGCGGACACCAUGUACUGGAAUAAGCCGAGAACUCUUGGAGAACCACCGAAGCCAUGUCGUGCUCAUUCGUCCACUCUUGUGGAUAAAAAAUUGUUUGUUUUUGGGGGCGGUGAUGGACCCGACGCAGAAUUGACAUGUUUACUUUCAAAAAACUUAGACACGUUGACAUGGACUAAACCUUCGACUUCUGGAAGUGUCCCUUCUCCCCGCAGAGCGCAUACUGCCGCAUAUUAUAAUGAAUGUAUUUAUGUCUUUGGUGGCGGUGAUGGUGCCCGCGCACUUAACGAUGUGCAUGUUUUAAAGAUAUCAGACUUAAACAAUUUAGAAUGGAAAAAACUAGAAUUAAAAGGGCGCCCUCCAAUAUCUCGGGGUUAUCACACCAGCAACCUCGUUGGAAACAAACUAGUCGUAUAUGGGGGGAGUGACGGUCACGAAUGUUUUAGUGACGUCCACGUAUUAGAUCUUGAAAAAAGCACUUGGACUCAAAUAGAUGUCGCUAACUCCCAUAAACGGCUUUCGCACACAGCAACUCAAGUGGGCUCUUAUUUGUUUGUAGUUUGUGGACAUGACGGAGGGAAAUACACCUCCGAAGUUCAGUUACUGAACUUAGUCACAAUGGAGUGGGAAACUCGUAAAGUUUACGGCACUCCACCAUCAGGUAGAGGCUACCACACAACGGUCUUAUAUGAUUCACGACUUUUCGUAUUUGGUGGAUACGAUGGUCACACUGUCUUUGAUGACGUUUAUGUUUUAGAUUUAUCGGCUUGUGCUUAUUUGCCACAGAUUAUCAACUUUCAACUUCCAGAAAGAAGCUGA